AUGUUGCAAAAGGCUUUCUGGAUUAUUGCUCUUCUGCAAAUCACAUGUUGGAAAGGCCUCUCAGAGGAGGCUGCUGGUCUGGAUACAGAUCCGGGUAAGUUGGCGGCGCUGAAGACCCUCCUCAAGGUACGGGCGAAGGCGGCCCUAGAUGCAGCCAGAAGAGACCCUUGGAAGAUUGACUGGGCCGUCGCAAAAGAAGCCUUCGCAGCGGAGUUCGGCACGCCGGCCGAACGACAGGAAGCAAUGAGGUUGUUCACGUCGGCCAGGAUGGCGCCUGGAUGGGACGCUCCGGCCUGCAAAAGUCGUUGGAUCGCGCUUUGCCGAUAG